AUGGACGACGAUGAUGAUGGAUUAGAUAAUAUAAUCCAAGUUGAGUUGGCUCCAACUCUUUUUACAAUCAAUUAUUUCAAAGUUUUUAAAAAACAAUAUUAUUAUUAUUAUUAUUGUUUGUUGAGAGUGGUAGCAGUUACUGAAUCUUCAACUUCAACAACAACGAUGGGAGUCAAAUCAGAUUUGGCAACCUUUUUUACUUCAUAUGUAUCAUGUAAAGUGAUAUACUUUUUGGAAUUUGCAUUCCUUUCAUGUUUUCUACCAUAUAUAACUAUAUACCUAAAGGUUGGCGCAAUGAUGGAGCCAUGGUAUAUCGGCAUCUUGACGAGUUUAAUUCCAUUCAUGUCUUUUAUAUUCACACCCCUAUGGACACUGGUCACCGACAAGUACAACAAUCAUCGAGUCGUAUUGAUUGUAUCGUGUCUCAUGACUGGUCUAUUCCUUGGUCUACUCUUACUCGUUGGUUCCAACGUCAUAGGAGUAUUUUUCGCAACUCUGUGCUAUGCAAUUGCAGCUUCCCCCAUUAGCGCAUUAAUCGAUUUCCUUGUCAUCCAAAAAUUAGAUACCGAUCGUCAAAUGUAUGGACAACAAAGAUUAUGGGGAGCUAUAAGUUGGGGUAUUAUAUCAUUUACAACUGGAUAUUUAAUUGAUAUAUUUGAAAAUAUACAUCUUAUCAUUUAUUGUUAUAUAUUGUGGAUGUUGGUAUUUGUGACGGUGGUAUUUUUCCUAAACUUCAAGUCAACCACUGCCAAACUAUUCCAACAAAUUAAAAACCUCGAAGUCAUUGACUCGUCCAAGAAUCUUCUCAACCUUUUAUCGACCAACAUCCAUUCGUCGAUCAGUAAUAACAAUAGUGCCAAUAGUAGUAAUAGUGACCUCUCAACGAUUGGAUCGGGAGUGUCAACACCAAACAUGAACCAAGAGGAGGAAUAUGGACAUCAUCGUCUAUCUCCAACUUCAUCAUCUUCUUCAACUUCUUCAUUAUCGAGUGCAUUUGAAGAAGGAGGAGGAGAAGACAGACGUCCACAAAUGGUUGUUGAAAUUACAACAGCCACAAUGAUGGAAGAUAGCGAUAUGACAAAGAAACAACAAAAGAGAUCAUUAUUGGAAGAGAGUGAGAAGAUGGAUAUGGAAGAUAUAGAUAUACUUGAUGGUGCUGAUGAAAGUGGACUGACUGGCGAGUCAGAUAAUAACAAAGUAUCAAUGAGAGUAGUAUUGAAAGGUGUCAUUCACAACACACCAUUUAUGCUAUUUCUAUUUGCCAUUAUGAUAUCUGGUAUGGCACAAACUAUUAUAUCCAACUUUUUAUUUCUCUUUCUCAAAGAUCAUCUUCAAGCAAGUACUAUUUUGCUCGGUGCCACCCUACCAUUCACAGUCAUCAUGGAAUUACCCUUUUUCUUUUUCGGAAAGGUAUUGCUCGAACGAAUUGGUGUCAAGUGGAUGAUUGCAAUUGGUCAUAUUGCCUUUAUCGUCCGUCUCGUCGCCUAUAAUAUAUUUACUAUCCCAGGUAUCUCCCCGUGGUGGGUUAUGCCUAUCGAGACACUCCACGGUGUCGCCUUUGCUGCCAUCUGGACUGCAGGUAUUGAAUACUCGUCACUCAUGGCCGAGAAGGGAUACCAAGCCACCUACCAAGGUAUUUUUGCGUCGAUCAAUGGUGGUUUGGGGUCUGGUCUCGGAUCGAUCAUAGGAGGAUUCAUCUAUCAACAUAUUGGUCCAUUUGCACUGUGGCGAUUUGCAGCAUGUGCCACAACAAUGAGUCUAGUCAUAUUCCUCAUUACAAGCAUCUAUUUUAAUCCCGACAAGAUUAGCAAGAAAUUCCAACACGUUGAAGGGUCUUCAACCUUUGACCAAGAAGCAGAAGAAGAUAACAUACAAUUAGAACCAUACCAAACAAGAGGAGAAGGAGGAGUACACGACAACCAACACGAUGACGAAGAGCUCAAAGUUUAA